AUGCUAGAGUGCGACAGAACGUUGAAAACCUUUCAUGUCGUCCUUUCCUACCCUCCAGACUCAUUGCAAUUCCUUCUUCCAGCUAUCCAUUGCAGUCUAAAUCCAAACGGUAUCGACCUCUCCAUCCACACGGAAGGAAUUAACCUGCAACUUGAAGGCGAGAGAGUGGACUCGUCCUCCCAUAAGAAGGAGAGCUCUUCCAAGUUGCUUGAGUCAAAAGGAACACCCAAGAGACAGCAUGGGGAGCCAGAAUCAUCUAAGUCUAAUAUUGUGAAACUGACCAAGCCGGUGGCGCUGUGGACCCAGCAGGAUGUGUGCAAGUGGCUGAAGAAACACUGCCCUAAUCAGUAUCAAAUCUACAGCCGUGCGCUGCUCAGGCUGACAGACAAAAAGCUCGAGCGCAUGGGGAUUGCGCAGGAGAGCUUGCGGCAGCACAUUCUGCAGCAGGUCCUCCAGCUCAAGGUGCGCGAGGAAGUCCGAAACCUCCAGCUGCUCACGCAAGCCUCGGCAGAGAGCUCUUCGUAAACGUUGCCAGCCUCUGAAGCUGCCACCCUGCCAGAUGAUUCCGAAAUGAACUUUUUCUCCACGAGCGAUGGCACUGCCAAAAGAAGACCGCUCUCGAGAACUGGAGGAGUAGCCAAAGCCCAACCCGUCUCGUCGGCGGGAUAAAACAUGAAGAAUCUUGGUUUGCUUGGGGGAUUGAAAUAAUGGUGCUGACUUUCUCCGGCUUGUCAUUGGUGGACGCUUUAGGCUGGAAAACCUGCUUCUGAUACUCAUCACUGUGCAUAAACUUCGUGUUCCCAUCGGGGAACUCUCUGACCUUCACUAAAAGUUCUGGGUUUGGGGAUUCCAUUUUAGGUUUUUUGGGGGGGGAUGUUCUUUAGCAUGACAACACUGGAUUAUAUUAUGUAUGCAGACGGCAUGAUGUUUAUUGGAAUGGGUUGGGCGGGAAGUUCCAUCUCUGCAAACUCACUGGAAAUGUUCACAAUUAUCCUUGCUCCCUGAUAGGAAUGUAGGCAUAUCCUGUAUGUGUUAGUGAUCCAGCUGAAUGGUAAAUUCCAUCCUACGGUAUCGGCAUUCCAUACGUGAUCUCCACACAGACGUUCUCGCGGAUUUGGUCGUGCUGUGGGAAACUUUCUGAGAACACGGAUCUGUUAAAAACGAGUUUCACGGAUCUCCCUUUCACUAGGAUUGUACCUUAAGUCUAGCUCAUGAUUUGCAUCCCUUCACCGAUUCCUGCGAGGUUGGUCUGGUAACUUGUCUGGAUGUUGUUAGACUAUUUUGACACUUUACUUAUAGAAGUAGUAGAAUGAGAGCACGUACGUUUCUUUGCUGCACUAAUUCCUACGCCCCCCCCCC